AGAACGAGCAGUAUGGCUGGUGGCAUUGUCAUGCUGGAGGGUCAUGUCAGGAUGAGCCUGCAGGAAGUGUACCACAUGAGGGAGGAGGAUGUCUUCCCUGUAAUACACAACGUUGAGACUGCCUGCAAUGACAACAAGCUUAGUGCGAUGAUGCUGUGACACACUGCGCCAGACCAUGACAGACCCUCCACCUCCAAAUUGAUCUCGCUUCAGAGUACAGGCCUCGGUGUAACAUUCCUUCAACGAUAAACGUAAAUCUGACCAUCACCCCUGGUGAGACAAAACCACGACUCGUCAGUGAAGAGCACUUUUUGCCAGUCCUGUCUGGUCCAGCGACGGUGGGUUUGUGCCCAUAGGUGAUGCUGUUGCCGGUGAUGUCUAAUGAGGACCUGCCUUACAACAGGCCUACAAGCCCUCAGUUCAGCCUCUCAGCUUAUUGCGGAAAGUCUGAGCACUGAUGUAGGGAUUGUGCGUGGGAAACAUGGGAAACAGUGUUUAAACCCUUUACAAUGAAGAUCUGUGAAGUUGCUUGGAUUUUUACUAAUUAUCUUUGAAAGACAGGGUCCUAAAAAAUUCACCACAUUUAUGAUUUUACAUGGGAAUCAAAAAGCUUUCAUUAAUGUUCACCAUGUGCUGAUGUGCUCAGCACUGUCAACAGACCCCAUUAUGACAUCACAAUGUAACGGAAGCCUUGCCAUGAUAUCAUUGCUGGUUCCAUCUGACAAGCAAAAUUUCAUUUCAUGAUAGAUCUCUCACAGAGAUAGGUUAAGUUCUUAUUUUGAGAGUGUUAAUAUUUAUCAUCAAUGGCUUAUCGAGGGAGAAAAUCAAGUGAGUUUGACAAACUCCAGAAGGAGAACUCACAGAUGAAGAGCGUCAUCGAAAACCUGAGGAAGCAAAACAUGGCUUUAAACCAACAGGAUGACCAGGACAAGUUUUCAAGUUUUGGCUAUCAGGAGAGCUACCCAAUCCAGAGGGCCAUCGUGGCUUCAUCAGUGAUGCCAGACUUCUGCAGAUGCAGAGAGCUGAGAGAGAGGCCAUGGAAGCAAAGCAAAGAAAGAUAAGUGCUAUCCAUGAGAAUUAUGUCCGGACUGCUCUCAUCGGGGUUGGCAGCACCUUCGCGCACCACUUCGUCCCCUCUAUUCAGUGCAUUCCGCGGCCGAAAGCUCCACCGAGGCCUUUGCCACGAAGGCUUGAGCACAUAGCUCUGGCCCCACUGAAGAACGUGGUGGGGGUGGACGGAGCCCAAGUUCGACCCGGAUCUCACUCUCUGGAGUCCAUCCAGGUAAAUAAGUCAUUCAGCAGCAGUAGCGUGUGGCCUGUUCCCGUCCCUCCCACUGCAGCUCCCUCCAAGAGGGGCAAGAAGAAGAAGGGCAGGCGGGGAGUCAAAGCCCUGAAAGUCCAGUCGGACCAGGGCUGUGCUGACAACAACGGACCCAUUGACCUGAUGGAGGAGGUGAGGGACAUCGAGGCUCACCUGAAGGAGGAGGACUGGAAGGUGGUACAUGAGGUGAAGGCCAUGGGCAGGAGAAGUUUGGGCUCGGACAUGUCCACGGGGGAAAUAGCCACCAGCUCUCUGGGAAGCCUGAGCUCAGUGGAUAUGAACACCCCUGCGGAGCUCCGUGACUACUUGGAUGUUGGGACCCCGGUCAAGGCGCGUGACAGCCCACCCAGGCCUGCUCCCCCUCCUACCAAGCCCAGGAGCAAACAGCCUCGGCCUAUAAGGUUCCUUAGCCUGGCAAAGGCUGCCACCGGCUCAGACAAGAUGGCAGCCAGUGAGCCAAAGGGUCAAAUUAAGAACCAGGCCAGAUUGCAGCCCCUGUCCAACCCAGAGCAGGCCCUGACUAAGACCUUCAAGCUGCUCCACUCUGCCUCUGAUGACUGGGAGAAGAAGAUUGAGGGCUUGACCUCUCUCCGUGUUAUGGCUCAGAACCACAUGGACAUACUGAUGCCUAAACUCCAUGAUAUCUGCCUUGCCAUUAUAAAUGAGGUGAAGAACCUGCUCUCUGCAGUGUCCUGUGCUGCCAUGGCCACACUGGGUGACAUGUACGUUCACCUCCGGAGGGCCAUGGACAGUGAGGUGGAGGGGACGGCACGCGUGCUGCUGCACAAAGCCAGCGAGGCCAACACCUUCAUCCGGCACGGCGCCAACUUUGCCCUGGGUCACAUGGUGCAGAGCUGCACCCCUAGACGUGUCAUGAAUGCCCUGCUGGUCGGUGAGCUGAGUCACCGUAGCGCUGCGGUGAGGAGCUGCACUGCUCAGGACCUGGAGAGACUGGCUGAGGUCAUGGGGACGGCUCGUCUCCUGUCGGGGAAGAAAGGCCUCACUGACCGUUUCUUGAUUGCCGUCAGUAAAUUGGCUGUGGACCCUGCACAGGAAGUCAGGCAUCAUGGUCGCAAUAUCUUGAGAAACAUGGCCACCAAUGGCGACUUUGCUGAAAUGUGGGACAAAUUCGCUCUGAGGAAAGAAAGAGAAUCCUUGAGGGAGGUCAUCUCAAAGGAAGGGCCAGAUUACCGAAUGGGCACACAGGGCACCUGCCUGUGGGCCCCGACCUCCAGCAAAUAUCAUCAUAACAUCCAAAACUAA